ACUCUAUUAGGGGACCCACCCUACCCCUUACACGUGUCAACAAAUGUAACCCUCCAUCAAUAUGACCCUCUCCAAAUUUUCUUAGUUGGCCAAUAGUUGCACUAGUUAUUCACAGUGUCACACAUUAAUUUCCAACUUCAGUCAACUCCAUUGCCACUGAAUUGAACAAAUCCCAAAAGGAGAAAAGAAAUGAAGAUCUUCAAUUGGGUGCACCGCAAAUUGUAUCAGAAAGAUGGAAUGGUCAGACGGAAUGUGAAGAAAGAUGAGCUCAGGAUUAGCAAUGAGAUUAUUGGUGACGCACAAGUUCUUCUUCAAGAUGCAUCCAUUGCACGUAUGUUAGAUAGUUGGAAAGGAGGAAUCCUAACAAUUGGGACAUUCGGUUUCGAUCCACUGAAAAAUGUGCAAGAUCAAAUUGGCAUAGACAUUGAAGAAGAAGAAGUAGAAGAAUCACUUGAGGAAGAAUAUUACUCAGUGGAAAGUAUUGGACAAUGUGAAAUUACUGUCACUAAGGAAAAUGAAGAAGUGUACCCAUUGAUAUAUGCAAGUGGAGGUGAAGUGAUGAUUGAAUAUCCAAAACAAAAUGAGAUAAUGGUCAUUGACUCAAACAACUCUUUAGACAGCAAUAAGAUGCUGAAAAAAGAAAGGAUUACUCUAGCAGACCUUUUUUCAGCUGAUUCUGAUCAUCACCAAAACCUUAAGCCAAAUCCCAGCAAAAAGGAAGAAGAAUUUUACACAAAGAAACCUUGUUCACAAGUGAAAAAUGGAACUUCUUUCGCCAAAAAGUUAAUUCCUCGAGUUAAGGAGGAUUCACGUCCGAUCCAAAAACUACAGCAAUUGAUGACGAGGGUGAUGAAAAGGAAGGUUCAUCCAGAUAUUGAAAGCAAAAUAGGCAAGAACAACAACACUACUACUCAUCAAGUGAAAGCAGCAGCUAGCAUGCUUGGGCUUUCCUGCGGUAAGCAUGUGAGAGUUGACUCUGUUUCCCUUCUGCAACUUGAUCAAGAUGCCACGGCCUAAGCUGCCAUAUUCCAGUUGCUAAUUGGGAAUGAAAUGAAUUAGUUAUCAUUAUGUUUGUCAAAUUAUUGUUUUAUAAAUUAUUUGAAUUAAUUAUUUGUAAGAUUUCCAUAUUGUGAACAGCUAGACCAUGUGAUCCGAUUAUGUCGUGGCUUUUGGUCUUUGUCGUGUGAAAAAAAGGUUUUGUGGUGUUGAAUUUAGGGUUUUGAUUCGACUGAUUGGUUA